AUGGCGUUCCAAGCCCUCACCCUCACCCCAGUCCCCUUCUCACUCCACAGCUCGAGUCGCCGCGUCCGCGUCCGCGUGCUUGCCGUCGCGGCUGACCAGACCCCUCCGCCGCCGGCGGUCCCCCCUUCGGAGCCGGCGAACAGCCCUAGCCGCCUCCUUCGGGAGCUCGCGCAGCGGAAGAAGGCCGUAUCCCCUAAGAAGAAGCACCCGCCGCGUCGCUUCAUCCUGAAGCCACCUCUCGACGACGAGCGCCUCACCCGGCGGUUCCUCAGCAGCCCGCAGCUGUCGCUCAAGGCGCUCCCGCUGCUCUCUUCCUGCCUCCCCUCCGCGCCGCUCUCCACCGCCGACAGGACCUGGAUGGACGAGUACCUCCUAGAGGCCAAGCAGGCGCUCGGGUACCCGCUCGCGCCCUCGGAGACGCUCGGCGAAGGCGAUGACUGCCCCGCGCGGCAUUUCGAUGUGCUGCUCUACCUCGCGUUCCAGCAUCUGGACCCCUCCUCCGAGCGCACGCGGACGCGGCACGUGCGGAACGGUCACUCCAGGCUCUGGUUCCUGGGUCAGUACGUUCUGGAGCUCGCGUUCUGUGAGUUCUUCUUGCAGAGGUACCCCAGGGAGUCUCCUGGGCCGAUGAGGGAGCGGGUGUUCGCUCUGAUUGGGAAGAAGGUGUUGCCCCGAUGGCUCAAGGCAGCCAGCCUGCACAAUUUGGUCUUCCCCUAUGAUGAUUUGGAUAAGAUGAUACGUAAGGACCGGGAGCCGCCGUCCAAGGCUGUGUUCUGGGCACUAUUUGGAGCUAUAUAUUUGUGCUUUGGAAUGCCUGAAGUCUAUCGUGUCCUAUUUGAGGCAUUUGGGAUGGACCCAGACGAUGAGAGCUGUCAGCCAAAAUUGCGUCGGCAACUAGAGGAUGUUGAUUAUGUUUCAGUGGAGUUUGAAAAGAGACAGCUCACGUGGCAGGAUGUUGCUGCCUACAGGCUGUGCUUUUUGCACCCGUCAAAACAUAAGUUUGAGCAUCCAAGAUUCUGUUAUGAGCGCCUUGAAUAUGUCGGCCAGAAAAUUCAGGAUUUAGUAAUGGCAGAGAGGCUACUCAUGAAGCACCUCGAUGCACCGGGCAGGUGGCUGGCAGAAAAGCAUCGGAGGACGUUAAUGAACAAGUAUUGCGGACGGUUCAGCCUAAAGCAGUAUGAUGUGUUUGACUUCGAACAGUUCGAGGUGCUCGAGUUGCUGACCAACAAGACCGCCAAUGGCAGCGGUAAAAAUGCUGUGGCUUCUGGAAGUCAUCCAUCCGACAGGAGAUAUUCAGUUCUGAAGCCUGAAGCAUGA